AUGAAGGCCAACAUCACUACCAACAAAACUCCUACUACUUCGAAGAUGAUUUUCAAUGAAAAGUUGGGAAAUGUCAUCCAAUACCCUCAUGAUGAUCCAAUUGUCCUAACUCUGAAAGUAGGACAAAUGAAUGUAAGAAGAGUGCUCGUGGACACUAGUAGUACUGCUGAACUUGUCACCAUGGACUGCUUAAGAAAACUAAAAUAUGAAACUCAUCACCUAGAGCCUCUUGAUAGACCCUUAGGAAAUAAAGGAAAUGGAAGGUCCAUUAUGGUGAGAUUUACUGUUAUUGACAUCAAGUUCCCGUAUAAUGUCAUUAUGGGCAUCCCUUUGAUCAAAAAAGUUAAAACUGUCAUUUCCACUCAUCAACUCCUCCUCCAAUAUGAGAAGGAUGAUGGGAGUGUUGGGAUCCUUCAAGGGGACCAAAAGGUUGCACGGGAAUGUCAAAUCAACACUUUAAAGAUAGAAAUGUCUUGA